CUGUUGUUGGCGGCGGUUGUGUGCCGCGAGUUAAGUUUGUUGGAGCGCAGAACGCGUACACCCUUCCACCCCGUCUCGUUAUUCUCGUCGGCGCCAUCGUCGUGUUUAGCAAGCAAAUUUUUGUUUUCUGUGCAGCAGCAGCAUUUUGUAUAUAAUCUUGUAUUUAUACAUAAAUAUUUUGAGUGUGUGUCAAAACAAAACGAAACAAAUUAGAAAAGAAUUUAGACAACAACACAAACAACAAUCGCGACUACAAAGAGGUUUUUGUGUUUAUGUAAAAUAAGUGCAGCAGCUUCCUCAACUGAGAGAGGAGUGUAAGAAACAUAAUGAUAAAUAAAAAAAUAUGUACACAAAUGAAAUUGUGUAGGCAGGCGCCACGCUGCGCAUAACAAACAACGUGAUAAAGUGAAAUAGUAAAGCUGAUGCGAAGAGAGGGAGAGAGCGAAAGGCGAGAAAAUAAAAGUCAAAUUGUGCAUUGAAUUGAACGAGAAAAGCGUCAAGGAGUUUGCAAAUAAAAAGUGCAACGAACUCUUCCAGACAGAGCCCCGAGGGCUCGACGGUGACGGUGACGGCGACGGUGCGGCAAUUGACGCGCAUCUUGACUCACCACCAGCAGCAGCAGCUGAGGAAGAGACAGCGGCCGAGGGAUUUCAGAAAGGAAGAAAAUUAGCUUUUUGUAUUACACAAUUUCUUAGACAUGCUGAUGUUCUUGACGAGUUUGAAUUUCACAAGCCAAAAGAGUUGUAACUGCGCUCAGAAACAACAACAACAGCAACAACAACAGCAACAAAAACGUCAGCCAACGCUUAUCAAGAGCCACACUUGCGCCUAUCAGUUGCAAGACCUAAGCGGUUACAAUCGCGCCCUCAUGCCACCGCUGGAGAACACAGACUUGACCCCGCUAGCCUGGCGUCAUGUCAACAACAACAGCAACAACACACAAUGUGCCUAUCACCACCACCAGCAGCAGCAGCAGGCCAAGUCGCCAAAACAUGGGCAGCAGCAGCAGCAGCUCCAACAGCAACAUCAUCAUCAGCAUCAUUACCAUCAUCACACCUGUCCGCGCCAGAGGAAAUCAACAACAAAAACGCCCCCCUGCACGCCCACUUCGACGCCCACUUCAGCGCCCUGCCAACAGCGACGAUCGCGCUCCUCCUGCUCCGCCAAGACGCGUCGCAAUAGCUCGUAUCAUUCCUAUGAUGAUCUCGACGCCUCAUCCGCGAUGGCCGCCGCGGAACGCAAAGUGGUGGCCAGUCUGAAAUAUUUGUGCGCCUGCACGGGCGCCACCCUGCGCAAUCUGUCGAAGAAGACCAAAGAUUUGCACGCCAAGAACUAUACCUACACAAAGCCCACGUGGCGCCUCUGGGGCGAGGAGACUGAGAAGAAUGCAAUUUUCACGGUGUAUCUGAAAAAGGUGCGGUACCAUCGUCCGACGCCAACGGCCAGCAACCAGGACUCCGAUGACGAAAUUUCGCACCUGGAGUGGGAGACGGUGCGAGUGAGAUUUGUGAAGGCCGCUACAUUGGCACGCCUCGUUGAGGCACUGGCCACCGAUGAUGGCGAACUUGAAUCGACAUUCAUCAAUGUCUUCCUCUCCACCUAUCGCACCUUCUCCACACCCAAGCAGGUGCUCAGUCUGCUCACGCAACGCUACGAUGCACUGCAUGAGAAGCAUCUGGAGGAGAUUGCGCAGCAACAGGAGGCUGGCGACGCUUCCUAUGAUCCACAGAUGUCGAUACACGAACAGCACAAGAAAACUCUAGUCUCGGCGUUGCAUGUGUGGCUGGACGGUUUUCCGGAGGAUUGGCAUGAAGAGAAUCUUCAACAGAUCUUGGCUUUUGCCAAGCGGCGACUGAAGAACUCCGAUUUGCACAACAAGGUGCUGAAUCGCAUGGAACGUUUGGUGCGUCAGCAGAUAUACGGAGGUGGCGCUGUCGAGAACAAUGGACUACCGCCUUGGCUCGGUGGUACUGGCGGCAUGGGCGGUGGCAAUCAGAGUCAGCUCUUGGUCUCCCCAUUUGGCUCCAACUUCGACAUCAGCGACCAAUUCAAUGGCCUCGGCUUGACGGUGUGUACGCCAAUCUAUCGGGGACCGCCGCACUUUCUGCAGGCCUUUCGCUUUCCACACGUGCCCGUGCGCCACUUUGCCGAGCAGCUGACGCGCAUGGACACGGAUUUGUUCAAACGCCUGAUUCCGCACCAGUGCCUGGGACAUACGUGGGCGAGACGCGACAGCGGCGGCUCUGAGACUGUGGUGGCAACCAUUACUCAGUUCAAUGCGGUGCUCUUUCGAGUGGUCACCAGCAUUCUCAUCGAUCGGCUAAAGCCACAGGACCGAGCGUACAACAUUUCCAUUUGGAUAGAAAUAGCUCAAGAGCUGCGCAUGUUGAAGAACUUUAGUUCGCUAAAGGCCAUCAUCUCGGCUCUAAAUUCCAAUUCCAUCUAUAGGCUCUCUAAGAUUUGGGAGUUCUUGCCAAAGGAGCGCACGGAAGUCUUUGCAGAGCUGGCACGUAUCUGUUCGGAGGACAACAAUGCCUGGACACUGCGCGAAGUACUGAAACGGGAGGGCACUGCCAAGAAUCCGGAUCCCGCUAGCGAUCAGUCAGAUCGUCAUCUGCAUAAGCUUAUACAGAACCAGUGCACGCAGACUUCGCACGGCACCAUACCCUAUCUGGGCACCUUCCUCACCGAUCUGACAAUGAUACACACGGCCAAUCCGGACUAUCUGACAGAACAGAAGCUCAUCAACUUCGAUAAGAAGCGCAAGGAGUUCGAGGUGCUGGCCCAGAUAAAGCUGCUGCAGGGCGCGGCCAACACGUACAACCUGCAUGAGGAUCCACUGUUCGAUCACUGGUUCGCAUCCAUGCCCGUGCUUAGUGAACGCGCAGCUUUUGCGCUCAGCUGUGAAUUGGAGCCGCCACAGCCAGCGCCACGUAAGUCACUCGCCUCGACCAACACCUCAUUGACCAACAAUUCGCACACGACCAACUCGACGCCAUCUGUGGGCGGCGGCGGUCAUCGUAAGACUGACUCCAUACACUCGAACUCGAGUAGUGGUGCCGGAUCCCAAUUCUACUGUGAGCUCAACAGCAGCUUCACGGGCUCCAACAGCUCUCGUCACAAUUCGCUCGAUCGCGAUGCGCCCCACGCCUCGCUCAUGUCCGCCUCGAGCAGUGUGUCCAACCUUUCCCUGGACUCGAGUAACUCAGGCGGUCGCCAAUCGGCGCACAGUAAGCUCACACACUCCCAGUCCAUGGGCAAUGGUCUGAAGAAUGCGAUUAGUAAUGGCAGUGGUUCAUCGAACGGUCAGCCACACAUCAAUGCACAGUUGGUGCAACCGGCGGGCGCCAACCCUCAGUCCGCUCCUGGCUACUACAUCAUACGAGUGACCUACGAGACGGACAACAUCGAGUCAGACGGCAUUGUGCUCUACAAAAGCAUCAUGCUGGGCAACAAUGAGCGUACUCCCCAGGUGAUACGCAAUGCAAUGCUGAAGCUGUGCCUGGACGAUGAUCCGGACCGGUAUACGCUGGCGCAGGUGUUGCCCGACAAGGAGCUGGUCAUGCCGAAGAAUGCCAAUGUCUACUAUGCGGUGAAUACGAACUACAAUCUCAACUUUAUACUGAGACCGCGAAAGGCCGAUGCCAAUGGUAGCUAGUCCACGGCUGUGCCCCUGUCCCAGUUAUGGUGCUUGGGAUACGAGGGCGAGGAGUGAUGAGUGAUGAGUGAGGAGGGAGGCGCAAAUGUAUAUAUAAAUCGAUAUAUUUCACGGCUAGACAUGACAACAAAUUUAGUUGAUAACUCUCUAAUUUAUUUAUUAAAGUUCAUUUGUGAAUCGCAGCCGAGCUCUCAGAUAUUGAACUGAUAUUGGAGCUCUGGGAUUUUUUGUUCUGCGAACGGUCAAUUAACCUGUAGAUAAAACGCAACUUUUGUAAUCUCUAUUUCCGUUAUAAGAUCCCCCAAUACGCAUAUACAUAUUUAUAGACUUACACAACUGGAAUAUUUGCUGAUAUUUAUAUAUAAAUAUAUAUGUAUGUAUACCUAUUGAUAAACGUUUGAUAUUCUGGGUCAUUGCCACCCUGUUCACAAUGUGGUACAAUAAUUUUUAUUAGAUUAGAGAACUGCGAAACAGUUUGAGGUUUACACCAAACUUAUUGACUCGUUGUAUGUACUUUAUUUUGAAAUUUGAAGAAAGAGCAACCAAGUAUUUGCAUGGAUGUUACUAUUUUUGUUUUUACUCUAAAUGUAUUAAAUACAACAAUACGAGUUGUAACUCUAUUUGGAGGGCCCAAAUUUUUGAAACGCUCUCUACAAAGCAUAGUUAGUUAAGUCUUUUGUUGUAUGUAGGAGUAUAUUAGCAGUAAACGUAAUAUUAAUUACAUAUAGUAUAUACGAGAAGUUACAUAUAAAAUAUAUGUCAGCUAUAAAUAAUAUUGCAAAAUGAAGUGAAAUACAACACAAUGAUUGUGUAAAUACAAGAAAGAUAACGAGCGAGAA